CACCUUCUCAUUUGUUGAGCACUUUUUUUGUUGUGCCACAAAUCGCCUUUGGUGCCCAGCAAAUGCUUCUCAAUCCCGAUGGCGAAAUCGUUGCUCUGGACCAGCUUCUCAUCGGCCUCCAUCUGCUCCGUUGCGCCCCUGCCUCUGCAAGGCGCUGCUCCAUUGCUAGCCACAACUCUUCCUCUGCCUCCUUGACCCAAAUCCCCGCGUUGCGCUAUGCCGCACCACUCCCGGACGCUGUGGCCUCUUGCGACGAGCUUCUUUUCGUCCUCGUGGUCAUCCCGCAUGGAUGAGUUUGCCACCAGCUUGUUCAUCAUCACCAUCUUUUCCGAGUCGCUAUUGGAGGUGGCGCUCUAUGGGCUUGUCGUCACCCUCUCGGCAAUCAUCGGUGGAGUUUUCAUCGGCAGAGUCAUCGACAGCCACUCGCGCAUUACUGUUCUUCGCACAUCUCUGGUCUGCCAAAAGUUGGCGAUUGCCGGCUCGGCUCUAUCUCUGUGGACCAUCCAGGUGUUCUACGGCCCUGAAACCCACCCGACCGAAACCUACGCUCUGUAUGGGCUCUCGAUUCUCUUUGGCAUCCUGCUGAAGUGGUCCAGCAUCAUCAACACCAUUUCGAUCGAGAAGGACUGGGCCGUCGUGAUUGCUCACGCCGAUCCGAGCACCCAACGAGACAUCAAUGUGGUGCUGCGGCGAGUCGACCUCACCUGCAAGAUUGCCGCUCCAUUUGCAGUCAGUAUCAUCACAACCUUUCUACUCGUCCCGCAAACGAUGCUCGUGGUGGCCUCAAUCGGCGUUGCCCUGAUUCCGCUCGAGUGGAGCCUCGUUUCGCAUGUGUAUGGGCUCAUCCAAAAGCCCGUCGAAGACGAUGCUCCAGGCAACGCCAUCGACGACGAGUCCGUUGCGAUCCUUCCCAAUCCCGACUUUGGCCCAGAGGCAGCCGGCGGAUAUGGCGCUGUCCAAGACCACGACGCUGCUCCGUUCGCCCCGGCUCCACUGAAGCGGGGCUGGCUGGGCGAUUGGAUCUACUUUAUUCGCCACCCCGUCUUCCUGUCGUCCCUGGCCAUCUCGCAGCUCUACUUCACCGUCCUCAGCUUUGGCACCACCAUGGUGGCCUAUAUGCUGUCGCAAGGCUACGCUCCAGUGACGGUGGCCCUCAGCCGCGGCCUUGCUGUCAUCAUGGGUCUCUUGGCAACGUUCCUGAUGCCGGUGAUCGCCAAGCGGAUCGGCAACGUCAACACCGGUCUUUGGGCAAUCUGGACACAGGCCGCCUUUAUCGGUGUGGCUCUGUCCUCCUUCGUCCUGGACUGGUGGGGCUUUGACAGUGUGGUCGUGGGCAGCUUGUUGAUCGGCGGCACGGCUCUGUCCCGGAUCGGCUUGUGGACCUUUGACCUGGUUCAGACCCAAAUCAUGCAGGAAGGGGUCGCUUUGGCCGACUGUGGUGUGAUGAACGGAGCCCAAAGCUCGUUGCAGAACAUGUUUGAUCUGUUGCAGUUUGCAGCUACGGUGUAUUGGAGUCUGCCCUCGCAGUUUUACUUGACUUCGUUCCUUUCGGGCGCCUCGACGCUGAGUGCUGCACUAUUGUUCAGUAUUUACGUCUGGAAGGAGAAUCGUCGACUCAGGGCCAUUUGAAGAAAGAGGGAUGCCCCAGGAUUGACCAA